CGGGAGCCGGAUGCCCCCCCCCGCUUGCUUUUUGGGUGGUCUCCGGUCCUACCUGGCUUCCCCCAGCUCCCCCACCUCCUCGGCACAGCCCGCGGCCAGCCUGCCCCGCAGCCCUCUCUGCCCGGCUCUGCCUUCAUCGAUGUGUUUGCUUUUCCAGCGGGGGUGUGCGUGCGAGAGCUGCCGCUGCCUGCCUGCCUGCUCGCUUUCUCCCGCUCCUUUUCCUCCCUUCCCUCUCCCCGUGUGCGUGUUCAAUUUCCCCCCCUCGCCCCUCUCCGGGGUCCCCUCUCGCUCCCGCGGCUCGGCGGCCACUCGCGGCCGCGGCCGCCGCCCCCUCCGCCCCCGGCCCCCCGGCUCCAUUGGGCAGCGUGCGCCGGGCGGCCGGUGCGCCCCCCCCGCCGCGCCCCCUCCCCUCUCCCCCCUGCGAUCACUGUCCAUUGGCUUGUCCUGCUCUCUUUUUCAUGUCCAGCCCCUGAUGAGUGUCCAUUGGUGUUGCCUUCGCCUUCCCUCCUCCCCUCUCCCCGGCUUGCCCUGCCCAUGUUUUGUAUGUCUCUGUCCAUCCAGGCUCCUGACGUUCAAGUUCGCAGGGACGUCACGUCCGCACUUGAACUUGCAGCUCAGGGGGGCUUUUGCCAUUUUUUUCAUCUCUCUCUCUCCUUCUCUCUCUCCCUCUCUCUCUCUCCCUCUCCCUCUCUCUCUUUUUUUUCCUUGCACAAAAAAAAAAAAAAAAAAAAAAAAAAAGCCAUGACUGCUAUCCCACAAUUCAUCUUCCCUGCGCCAUCUUUGUAUUAUUUCUAAUUUAUUUUGGAUGUCAAAAGACAUUGAUGAAGAUAUUUUCUCUGGAGUCUCCUUCCUCUCUAACCCGUCUCUCCCGAUGUGAACCGAGCGACUCACAAGCCACCGAAGCCACCAACCCACCAUGUCGCGCCGCAAGCAAGGCAAACCCCAGCACUUAAGCAAACGGGAAUUUUCACCCGAACCUCUUGAAGCCAUUCUCACUGAUGACGAACCUGAACAUGGCACAUUGGGAGCUCCGGAAGGGGACCACGACCUCCUCACUUGUGGCCAGUGUCAGAUGAACUUUCCGUUGGGGGACAUUCUUAUUUUUAUUGAGCACAAACGGAAACAAUGCAAUGGCAGUCUCUGCCUAGAGAAGGCUGUGGAUAAGCCACCUUCACCCUCACCAAGUGAGCUGAAAAAAGCAUCCAAUCCCGUGGAGGUUGGCAUCCAGGUUACGCCAGAGGAUGACGAUUGUUUAUCAACGUCAUCUAGAGGAAUUUGCCCUAAACAGGAACAUAUAGCAGGUAAAGAUGAGCCCAGCAGCUACACGUGUACGACUUGUAAACAGCCUUUCAACAGCGCCUGGUUCCUCUUGCAGCACGCACAGAACACACACGGCUUACGGAUCUACCUAGAAAGCGAGCACGGCAGCCCCCUGACGCCACGGGUUGGUAUCCCAACAGGACUAGGUGCAGAGUGCCCUUCCCAGCCACCUCUCCACGGGAUUCACAUUGCAGACAAUAACCCUUUUAACCUGCUCAGAAUACCCGGCUCGGUCUCGAGGGAGGCGUCGGGGCUGGGAGAAGGGCGUUUCCCACCCACGCCGCCCCUCUUUAGCCCUCCCCCGAGGCACCAUUUGGAUCCGCAUCGCAUUGAGCGCCUGGGUGCGGAAGAAAUGGCUCUGGCCACCCAUCACCCUAGUGCCUUUGACAGGGUGCUGCGACUGAACCCCAUGGCGAUGGAGCCCCCCGCUAUGGAUUUCUCCCGGAGGCUGCGGGAGCUGGCCGGCAACACCUCCAGCCCACCCUUGUCCCCGAGCCGGCCCAGCCCUAUGCAAAGGUUGCUGCAGCCCUUCCAGCCCGGCAGCAAGCCCCCGUUCCUGGCCACGCCGCCCCUCCCUCCUCUGCAGUCUGCUCCUCCUCCCUCCCAGCCCCCCAUGAAGUCCAAGUCCUGCGAGUUCUGUGGGAAGACCUUCAAGUUUCAGAGCAACCUGGUGGUGCACCGCCGGAGCCACACGGGGGAGAAGCCCUACAAGUGCAACCUCUGCGACCACGCCUGCACGCAGGCCAGCAAGCUGAAGCGCCACAUGAAGACCCACAUGCACAAGUCCUCCCCCAUGACGGUGAAGUCGGACGACGGGCUCUCCACCGCCAGCUCCCCUGAGCCGGGCACCAGCGACCUGGUGGGCAGCGCCAGCAGCGCCCUCAAGUCCGUGGUGGCCAAGUUCAAGAGCGAGAACGACCCCAACAUGAUCCCUGAGAACGGGGAUGAGGAAGAGGAGGAGGAGGAGGAGGAAGAGGAGGAGGAGGAGGAGGAAGAGGAGGAGGACUUGAACGAGAGCGACAGGCCGGACUAUGGCUUCGGGAUGAGCCUGGAGGCGGCCCGUCACCAUGAGAACAACUCGCGGGCUGGCGAGGAGGGCCGGGCGAUGCCGGACGUCAUGCAGGGCAUGGUCUUGAGCUCCAUGCAGCACUUCAGCGAGGCCUUCCACCAGGUCCUGGGGGAGAAACACAAGCGGGGCCACCUCCCCGAGCCCGAGGUGCACAGGGACACUUGCGACGAAGACUCGGUGGCCGGCGAGUCCGACCGCAUCGACGAGGGGGCCGUCAACGGCCGGGGCUGCUCCCCGGGGGAGUCUGCCUCGGGAGGCCUGUCCAAAAAGCUGCUGCUGGGUAGCCCCAGCUCCCUGAGCCCCUUCUCCAAACGCAUCAAGCUGGAGAAGGAGUUCGACCUGCCGGCCGCCGCCAUGCCCAACACCGAGAACGUUUACUCCCAGUGGCUGGCGGGCUACGCCGCCUCCCGGCAGCUGAAGGACCCCUUCCUCAGCUUCGGCGACUCCCGACAAUCGCCCUUCGCCUCCUCCUCCGAGCACUCCUCGGAGAACGGCAGCCUGCGCUUCUCCACGCCGCCGGGCGAGCUGGACGGAGGGAUCUCAGGCCGCAGCGGCACGGGAAGCGGAGGGAGCACCCCCCAUAUUAGUGGCCCGGGCCCUGGCAGGCCCAGCUCAAAAGAGGGCAGACGCAGCGACACUUGUGAGUACUGUGGGAAGGUCUUCAAGAACUGUAGUAAUCUCACCGUCCACAGACGGAGCCACACGGGCGAGAGGCCGUAUAAGUGUGAGCUUUGCAACUACGCCUGCGCCCAGAGUAGCAAGCUCACCCGGCACAUGAAAACACACGGGCAGGUUCGGCGUACCCCCCCAGCUGGCGCGGCACCCAGGGAGCCCCGGAUGUCUGGCAGUUUUCGGAUGGAAGUUCCAGAGCACUUAAAUUCUGAGAGGAGGUGAAGCUGGGGCGAGCGGCCGGCGGCGUCUGGGCGUGCAGAGGUGCCUCUGUCCUGUGGCUCAUCCAUCCCUCCAUCCAUCCCGGGAGAGCCUGAGGAGUCACCCGCCGACAGCAGCUCCCCGGGCUCCUCCUGCCUGCAAGACUAUCGUAUUUAUAUUUUGUAAUAGAGUACAACACUUCUUUGGGGCUGGGUUUCUCGGUUUUUUGGGGGUUUCUUUUUGUUCAUUGUUUUUUUUUUUUCAUUUUCUAAAAACAAACAAAUGAAAAAAACCCCACCCACCAAGGUCAAGGGCUUAAUGAUGGCUCCGACUGGCUCCUUUCCCCAUGGAAAAGACUGUCUUGCUCUCGUGGACAACUCAGCCUCUUGGCUAUCCCCGCAACGUGCCAUUCCUCGGGAGGCACAUCUGAUGUGAUGAAUUAAAAAUAAAGCAAAACACAGUGUAGGUCUGUGGGUGGGUGGGAAAUUGCCAUAAUAAAUGUUGGAGCUUUAGGUUUUGUUUGCUCUGUCUUUAAUUUUUAAUGCUAACAAGGGCCAGACGGCUGGUGUGACUCUGUGUUCCCGUACCGGCUGCUGCAGAAGAGCGAGUGCUGGGUUUUCACUGGUGAUGGUGCUGCCACUGGGGGCUGCCUGGCCCUGGUGGACAGGACAGACCUUUCCCACAGAGCUAGGCCAGGAGCUGGGCUUAGGGCUGGGCACUCUGAGUGCUGCUGAGCCACCUCUGGCUUUUGGUGAUGCCGAAGGGGGGGUUUCCUUGGUGAAUUCCAGCUGUGGUGUUGCAUGGGCUCUGUGGUGUCUGCUCGAGGAGAAGCGAGGCCAGCACAGGUGUGGGAAGGGUGACAGCCAUGCUGAGAGUCAGAGCAGGGAUGCAGAGCCUGCCCUGAGCUGGGGCAGCUGCUGCUGCCAGGUUGUCCUGGUGUUUCCCAGGCUUUGUGUCCCUUGCUCGGCGCUGAGCACCACCAAGGAGUGUCCUGUUGGGGGCCCAGGCUCUGUGCUGAGCAGAAGAUGGGUUAUGUGAGAGCUUUGUGCUGGCUCUGAUGGACUGACAGGCUGUAGCUGCUGAUGCCCGUGCUGGCUGGUGGGGAUGGGCCUUAUUUGGUGAAAGGAGCAGCGAGUGGAGAGGCUGGCUGGGAUCAGCGGGAUGGAGCCGUGGGGAAAGGGCCAGAGGAUUGCUUGGCUUUGGGCAUUAACCCAGCCCCACUCCUGUUCUGUUCAUCCCUUGCUUACAUCCUGAAUGAGACCCUCACCUGGGUGACUCUGCUGGUGGAACAGCCCCAGGGAAAACGGUGUUGCCUUUCCCUGGACAGUGUUGCUCUUCUGUUUGUUGUUUAAAAGCCCGGGCUGUGAUUUCCUCCUGGUGCCCUGGGCACAGCACAAGCACAGACACUUGAGUACCUUAAAAUCUGCCUGGGGUGGGCAGCAGGAGCAUCUCUGAGGGGUGCCACUCUGGAAGCCUGCAGGGAUGGACACAAAGGGAGCUAUUGCUGCUUCUCCUGAGGUGAUUUGGUCCUUGAGGGCAAACUACCCAAAAAUCUACGCACAGCCUCAGCUCCUUUUUUACCAUGAGGGGACGUUUUUAAAGUUUCUUCCUAACCCAGCUCUGUGUCUGCUCCUAGGGGGGUUUUGAGCCUUGCAAGGGUGAGUCCUGUUGGAUUAAGCACCUGAUUGACUGUGAGUGCAAAAGCUGGUUGUGCUUUUGCUGCUCUGCCUGGUGGAACAAGUGAUGGGAUCUGCUUCCUCUGGCUGUGGCUUGUGUCUCCAGCAGGCAGCGUGAGGGCAAGGGCUUCUCCCAGAAAUAACAAACUGGGGGUGGCUGAGAGUCUUCUGCCAAGCACAGAAGCGAUACCCGAAAUGCUGAAGAUGUAGUCAAACAGUCUUUAAAAUGUCUAUUUUUUAAUACAGUUGUUAAAAACUCUCCCCCAACUCUUAGGGCUUUGAAACACCUUCAGAAUUCGUGUUGCCUUAACGGGUGCCAUGUCUGUGCUGAGAGCCCCCUGUGAGCCAUGGGGCUCCUGCUCCUGCCCCUUCUCCUGCUCCAGACCCCGCUGUGGCUCCUGCAGAGCCCCAGCACAGCCUCAGCACCGCGGCUGGUGGAGAUCCCAAAGGAUUUCCACUGCCCUGGGUGACCUGGGGGGCUGUGUGUUUAAUUCAGGGUGUCAUCAGGGCCCUCCUUUUGUCUGAGCAGAGCUUGGCUGAGUCCCCUUGCUGUGUCUGGCUUGGGAUCACCAGCAGCUUAAUGAGCUUCUGCCAAUUAACAGGAGUCCAAGGUUUGCUGUGAGGGGAGGGCUGGGAAGUUGUUAGAGGGGCAAUAUUCCCAGGGAUUUUGUAUUUUGGCAUAUUCUCCAGGUGCUGGUCUGCACAUCCAAAUUGGAAAUAAGGUGUCGUUGGCCUUUAUUAAGAAAACAAAGCUCAUAAAGUUUUGGGGUUCUUAAUAAAGAAAAGAAUAAUGUUCUUCCCAGUCCUGGGGGAUGAGAUGAACAAGAUUCCUGGGAAUCACCUGGCUUAACUUUGAGGGUUUGGGUUUAAAAAGCUGCUUUCAGGCUUGGAGAUGAUGUGCCUAUGCUGUGUUUGAUUCUAAGCACACUUUUCCUGACACUAAAAUGCAGCAAAGGUCAAGCCUUUUGUGAAGUCUAGCUUAAAUUUUGCUUUCAAAAUAAUGUAUGUUUUGGAUUCGUGGUGCAUCUGGGCUGUGGACUUUUAUGGGAUGCAAGACCUCUCCCCAGAAGGGAUCUGAAAACAGAUUUUGUGAGUGAGUUUCCAAGCAAAACUGCCAAGCUCCUUGUGGUUUUUUCCAGCUUUGUGUUGGGUCCCACUGCGUGACUGUGUUCAAGCAGCACCGUGGUGUCGGUGGGUGACAGCACAGCUGAGGGCUCUGGGGGAAGGUGCAGGGAAGCUCCAUCCUCCUUGGGGUAUUUUAGCAUCUUUAGCCUUUCCUUUGGGUUUGCAUCUCCUUUCCUGUGUGUGUUUGAGCUGCCUGGGUGCUGGUGAGGCCUGGGGUGAGCCUUUACCUGUGGAAUUUUGGCAGUGAGGGGGGAAGGACCUACUGUGGUUUUACCUGACCCCACUGAAAAGUCUCACUGGGGAGUGAGCUGGACCCCCCAGCCCCCAAAAACAGGAGUGGUGCCUCAUUUCCUUCUGCUCUGCUUCUCCUCCCACCCAGCUCUCCCAUUCCAGGCUCCAUCAUUCCACUGUGUGCUGUACCUGCUGCAGGUCAAACAUUGCCCCUCCAUCCCAGUUCUCUCCCCCAAAAAUCAUCCUUUUAGGGUUCCUCUUCUGCAGGGGUCCCAACAAUCAGCUAUUCCCAAGGCAAGGUGGAGUUGCAGAACAGGGACAGAAUGAAACCCCCAAACCCCCAACACGGCCCUUCCUCCUUAAUCUCCCUGGAUAGAGUUACACAUCUGGUGGAGGCUUGCUGGUUGUUGCCAUGAUUUUAUUGCAUCUUUAGCAGUGAUGAGGUUCAGAUGGCAGGACCAGGGGGCCCCGGUUCCAUUUCUCCUGCUGGCCUCCCGUAGUGAGUGUGGUGCAAUCCCGGGAACGCCGGCUCCGAGGGCGGGAGCGGGGGGAAAUCCUGGCCCUGGGCAUGGCAGCAGCUGGGUGGAGGUGCCUGUGCUGGGUGAGCACCACAUUCUGCACGGAGGGGGACGAUGGGCAGGUGGUUUCUCCUGACAAAACCCAUUUGGUGCAUUCCCACCUUUGGUGCAUUCCCACCUUUCCUGCGCCCGGGGUGUGUGCGCUGCGCCGCUUCCCGAGCUCGGUCCAUCCCCGGUGGCUCUUCCCUGGCCCUUUCCAUGACCCUCUGGGCUCCCAGUGGUGAUGUACAGAAGCUCCCCCCAAUGUCUGCAUGUGUCUAAGGGCUAUUCAGGACUCCCUGGCGGGCCCCCGUGGGCGGGAUUUGUGCAUGCAAAAUGAAGGUUGUGUUUGGCUUCUCAUACUCGGGUCUAUAUUCCAUAUUGUGUUGACCAAGAAAAACACCUCAGCCCCUGUGCUGAAGAAUGUGAUGGACUGAUGGCUUUCAGAAACGUACUGUAAAUCAAGGAGGCUAAUAAAUACUUGCUAUUGAUAAAACAGGG